AUGCAGAUUGCUUCUACAAACAUUUGCGAAAGAACAGGUCGCUCUCAGGAGCUCAGUGAAUUCAAGCUUGGUACCGUGAUUGGUUGCCACCUGUGCAAUAAGUCCAUCCAUGAAAUUUCCUUGCUACUAAAUAUUCCACAGUCAACUGUUAGUGGUAUUAUAACAAAGUGGAAGCAACUGGGAACAACAGUAACUCAGCCACAAAUUGAGCGGGGUCAGCGCAUGCUGAAGGGCAGAAGUCACCAACUGUCUGCAGAGUCAAUAGCUAAAGACCUCCAAACUUCAUGUGGCCUUCAGAUUAGCACAACAACAGUCCACAGAGAGCUUCAUGGAAUGGGUUUCCAUGGC